AUGUCUGAUAGCUUGGCCCUAGUGCUAGUUGGGGAUGAAGGGGUUGGGAAAACAGCGCUUGCAGUGCGGUUCUGUUUAGAACAAUACGCCGAGGGCUCAGAACCAACGCUGGAUGAUUCGUAUCGCACGCGAUUGGUGGUUGAUGACCGGCCUUGUGUCCUCGAGAUUAUCGACACAGCGGGGCGAGAUGAACAUGCUGUGCUCCGUGAAGACCACAUUCGCAAUGGGGACGCAUUUAUCAUCGCAUACAGUAUCACCUCGCGGAAAUCCUUCUCUCACGUUCGAGCGUACUACAAUAACAUCAAAGAUGUGAAAAGGGUCUUGGCGGAAAAUACUCUACAGCUGCCGCUUUCUGAACGCCCCUGUCGCGUGCCUAUCAUCCUGGUGGGUAUGAAGAAUGAUUUGGAAGCCCAGCGUGAAAUCUCAUUCGAGGAAGGACGGAUAUUUGGAGAAUCCCUAGAUUGCUGGUUUUAUGAAACAUCGGCUAAGACUGGCUCGGAUGUAGAGAGGACGUUCCAUGAUGUUAUUAGAUGCUUUCGGCAACAGGAUCUUCCCAGUCCUCCUACACAGCCAGCAUCAAAGCAACCAAAGAAGGGCCAGAAUGGGAGGAAAAUCUAUGACCCACGCAGGUGUAUCACUUUGUAA